UUGCGCAUGCGCAGUAGAAGCCGAACCAAGCCUAAAAUCCAAAAUGGCCGGAGCAGAAGGAGACGAUUCUCUCUAUCCUAUUGCUGUUUUAAUCGAUGAAUUAAGGAAUGAAGAUGUCCAGUUGCGCUUGAACAGCAUCAAAAAGCUGUCAACUAUUGCCCUGGCUCUGGGUGUUGAAAGGACACGUACAGAGCUCCUACCCUUCCUUACUGACACUAUUUAUGAUGAAGAUGAGGUGCUUCUUGCCCUGGCUGAACAGCUGGGGAACUUCACCAUGCUGGUUGGAGGGCCGGAGUAUGUGCACUGCCUUCUGCCACCACUGGAGAGCCUGGCCACUGUGGAGGAGACGGUGGUUCGGGACAAAGCUGUGGAGUCCCUGCGCAAGAUCUCUCAAGAGCACUCACCUGUAGACUUGGAGGUGCACUUUGAGCCCCUGGUUAAACGGCUGGCCAGCGGCGACUGGUUCACAUCUCGCACCUCCGCCUGUGGUCUAUUUAGCGUCUGCUACCCACGUGUCUCUAGCACUGUCAAGGCCGAGAUUCGCCAGUAUUUCCGUACACUUUGCUCGGAUGAUACACCCAUGGUGAGGCGCGCUGCCGCUUCCAAACUGGGCGAGUUUGCCAAGGUGCUAGAGCUUGAUUAUGUAAAGAGUGAUAUCAUCCCACUUUUUACUGCACUGGCUUCCGAUGAGCAGGACUCUGUGCGGCUACUAGCAGUUGAAGCUUGUGUCAGUAUUGCCACCCUGCUGCCCCAAGAAGACUUGGAAGGUCUUGUGAUGCCCACACUGCGCCAGGCUGCUGAGGAUAAGUCAUGGAGGGUUCGCUACAUGGUAGCAGACAAGUUCUCUGAGCUGCAAAAAGCAGUGGGUCCAGAGAUCACCAAGAAUGAUCUGGUUCCAGCAUUUCAGAGUUUAUUGAAAGAUUGUGAGGCAGAGGUGCGGGCCGCAGCUGCAAAUAAAGUGAAAGAAUUCUGUGAAAAUUUGCCAGAGGACAACCGGGAAAACAUGAUCAUGAAUCAUGUCCUGCCUUGUGUCAAGGAACUGGUGUCAGACACAAAUCAGCAUGUGAAGUCUGCGCUGGCCUCCGUCAUCAUGGGUCUCUCCACUAUUCUGGGCAAGGACAACACCGUGGAGCAUCUGCUCCCCCUUUUCCUGGCCCAGCUGAAGGACGAGUGUCCUGAAGUGCGUCUGAAUAUCAUCUCCAACCUGGACUGUGUGAACGAGGUGAUAGGUAUUCGCCAGCUCUCUCAGUCCCUGCUGCCCGCUAUUGUAGAAUUGGCGGAAGAUGCCAAAUGGAGGGUGCGUCUGGCCAUUAUUGAGUACAUGCCACUGCUGGCAGGCCAGCUGGGAGUGGAGUUCUUUGAUGAGAAGCUGAAUUCUCUGUGCAUGGCAUGGCUGGUAGACCAUGUUUAUGCAAUCCGAGAAGCAGCCACCUGUAACCUGAUGAAGCUGGUGGAGAAGUUUGGAGCAGAGUGGGCUCAGAACACCAUUGUGCCCAAAGUGCUCGGCAUGGCUAACGACCCAAACUACCUGCAUAGGAUGACCACUCUCUUCUGCAUCAACGCUCUUUCUGAGGCGUGUGGGCAGGAGAUCACCACCAAGCACAUGCUGCCCAUUGUCCUAAAGAUGUCCAAUGACCAGGUUGCCAAUGUGCGCUUCAAUGUAGCCAAAUGCCUACAGAAAAUCGGACCAGUUGUAGACAGCAACUCUCUGCAGACGGAGGUGAAGCCAGUUUUGGAGAAGCUCGUCACAGACACAGAUAUGGAUGUGAAGUACUUUGCUCAGGAAGCUAUAAGUGUUCUCGCCUUGGCCUGAACAUUCGUCCUUGGGUUUACCCGAACAACCACGACAAAGCAAAACUUCUUGCAUUAUAUUUAUUGGUGAUUUUGAUUGGUUGUCUUAAUGUCUGUGUAGCUCCUAUUUACUCUCAAUGAUAUUGAAUGAUCAAAGGUUGCACCCGUGCUCAUGCUUCAUUCACCGUGACGCUGGAUAGUGUGUUUUCCUGGAUUAUAUCGAUCUAAACCCACAUGUUCGUGUUUUCCCUGCUCUCAUUCAUAUUGCCAGGGAAAGCUCUAAAAUAUACAGAGCGAAAGGACUUAACUUUUAUCUAAUCCUGAUAUUCUUAUCAAAGCAUCUAGCAAAGGAACACAGUUUCAUGCUUUUUCAGUAAUAUGGUUAUUAAUUGGAUUUUUUGGGGGAAAAAAAGCCUUAACCAAUUAUUGACCAUCUUAGUCAUUUUGUACCACUAGACUCAUCUCACAGCGCUUUGGUAAAUUAAUUCUCUGUAAGUAAACUCCUCCCAGCUACCUCUGUCUUCUUUUAAGAGCCGUUUCUUAGCUAAAAUCUAGAACACAUCCAUUUUAAAGCCCUGCUUUCACAGCCUGGAGCUUGUGCAGUCCAUGGUGUAAAAUGCCAGUUUGUUUUGGUAAUGCUCUCAGCACACUGUGCUGCACUGUUCAACAUGGGACCACUGCAUUGUAUAAUUCCUCCUGCAGCAGACUUUCUCCUUGCUUUAGCUUUGCUGGUGAAGUUUAACUUUUUUGUGCUUAUUAUUCCAGCCAUCUUGAUCUUAUGUGCCAUUAAAGCUAAGAAAUGCACAUUUUUUUUUUUUUUUUUUUUAAGUUUGUUUGUAUGUUUAGGCUUCAUUAAUAUUUUUUUCCAGUGGAAAUGUGACCGUUAAUUGCAAAGAGAAACACACCUCCUGUAUAGCAGUGGGCCGACAGGUCCUGCAUGUAUUAAGCUGAUCGAGUACUGAUGAGCACCAGAAUGUGAUAGGAAAAAACACUGUUCAACAUCAGCACUCUUAUUAAAGAACGGGUCAUAAAAAUACCUUAUACACAUCCUCUGGAAUGCUGUUAAUUACUGUUAAUUAGACAGGGGAUGUUAUUUUAUCAUUAUGAAUAGCAAUAGCAUCUGGUCUUAAGUAAACCUUUUGUUCAUGUUCAGUAUCAUGAGUACUCCUUUUUAAACAAUUUAUUGUACUUUUGGAACCAAAUAAAGUCAAUAAACAUCGAACCUUCCCUUCAAAUCA